CAUGCCGCGACACAGCCCGGGCGGAGCAGCGCGGGGGAUCGCGCCUGGCUGCCCUGCGCUGCAAGCGGAAGGGGCCGCGGUUCUCGUGCCCAGCCGGAGCCGGGCGCCCCGGGACCCCGGGCUGCAGGGGAUGCCCCGGCGGGGGGCAGGCACCCCCCCGCAGGUGCUGAAGGAGGGGGUGCUGGAGAAGCGCAGCGGGGGGUUGCUGCAGCGCUGGAAGAAGAAGCGCUGCCUGCUGACCGAGGAGGGGCUGCGGCUCUUCGAGCCCGGUGGCUCCCGCUGCAAGGAGCUGGGCUUCGCCCGCAUGCGGGCGGUGGAGUGCGUCGAGUGGAAGCGGCGGCACGUCUACUUCACCGUGGUGACCGACAGCGGCUGCGAGAUCGACUUCCGCGGCCCGCGGGAGGAGCCCGGCUGGAGCGCGGAGAUCGGGCUGGGGCUGGUGCGCUUCCAGAACCGGCUGGCCAUGCAAAGUGUGCGGGCCCGGCACGGCGCCAGGGCGGCGUUCCAGUACGACCCGGCCCCGAGCGGCCAGGCCACAGACCCGGAGGGGCUCAAGGGAAGGACGGGGAUGGCGGAGGGGCACUCGCCCGCCAGCGGGGAGAACAGAGUCCCUGGCUAUGAGUGAAAGUGGAGCCCUGGCUUUAAGAGGGACAGCAGGCGUUUCAGCGCCAAAGGCCCGAUGAGCCUGGACCGCAUGUGCCACUAGCUGCUGAGAACUGCCCCCCUCCCUGCUGGGCCAUUCCUGCUUCCCAACGGCCAUAGGCGGCUGCACCAUUCUCCAAGCGCUCCGUAUAGCUUGGCCCAGGGAUCCGGGGCCCACUGGUCCAGUCGAGGGCCUGCAGGAGAGGCAGGAAGGGGAGCACCUGGGGGAUAAAAGUAAGAACCAAAGCAGGAUUGUUUUGCGCUUCAUCAGCCUGCUGCUGGCUGGACGUCAGAAGGGACUCGACCGUGCUAGUGAGCCGGGGAGCCCAUCCCACCCGCCGGACCUGCCAUGGCUCUGCUCCCAAGGCUCAGCCAGGCAUCUUCAUGAUCCACAGGUGCAUCCCUCGGUGACAAGCUGCCCCGUAGCUGAGCCGGUUGGGGCCGCGAUGAACUGGAAAUCAGCUGCCCUAUGUCGCUUCUCCCUAGACUGUUCCUGCGGGACUGGAGUGGCUGGAGAUCCAAGCUGAAGAUGCUAAAUUUCAGCAUCCAGAGAUUGAGCCUGGUGGGAUGUCAGGGUGUAGGUGGGGGCAGGUUCCUGAGCGGAGUGAUUGUGUGGUGCCACUCCCCAGUUUGGCUGGGGCCCGUGUGACGACAGGCUUCAGCGAAAAGGCGCCAGCCUGUCUCAGCCGGUGACCUGUCUGGACAGAGGGGGUUGUGAGGACAGCCCUGAAUGAAUUCCUCCCCUUGAAACAGGUGGUGCAAGCGCUCGCACGCCCUGCCCCACUGGGUCAGACCGGCUCUCCUGCCAGGGUGGGGAGUCGCUGCUAUUGGUGUGUCAGGACAAUCGACAAUGCGGGCACCUGGGCCGCUGACAGCAAAGGGCAGUUUGUGUCUGAACGCUUUGGUCAUGGCUCAUCAGACGGUGCCCAUUCUGCAUGCUGCUGCUGCUUGGUUUGCGUCUUCACCUUGUGGGGGUUGGUCUGGGGUGAACGGAGGCAGGGUGAAGGUCACUGGAGAGACAGGUCUGACAUGGGCAGUGUGCUGGGGCAGUUCCCCCAUGCACAGAUCUGCAGAUGCCCCUCAGUCCUGAUUCGCAGCCCCCUGCUAUUCCAGCCGGGGGCUCCCCCACAUACAGCUCUGCCCAUGCC